CCCAGAAAGUAAAGAUAAGCCCGAAAAUGGCGCUCUGUUCUUCCCUCCCCGUUCUUUCUUUCAAUCCACUCCCCAAAAUCAUCUUCAAAUCUUCUGGAAUUCGCGCUACAGCAUUCUCGAAUCGGAGUAUUCCAGGAAUCAAUGGAAUCUCCGCCGCCAAGUUGCUCGGAAAAUCGGCGAGGGGAAGCCGCUUACGGCGUCUCAAUGCGGCUGGAUUGUCCGAGAUUGAACCCGACUUAAACGAAGAUCCAGUAGAUCGUUGGGAGACUAACAGUGUCAGCGCUGAAGAUUUUGAGUAUGGAGUGUACGAUGGGCACCACACUUACUUUGAGGGCGAGAAAAAAGGAACAUUCUGGGGAGCCAUUGCAGAUGAUAUUGCUGCAGUUGGACCACCAACAGGCUUUCAGGGCUUCAUCUCGUGGCUCUUCUUACCAGUAGUUGCCGCUGCAAUGUACUUCAAUGUUCCGGGGGAGUAUAUAUACAUUGGAGCAGCUGUGUUUACAAUAGUAUUCUGCAUAAUUGAAAUGGACAAACCAGACCAACCACACAACUUUGAACCUCAAAUAUAUAACAUGGAGCGCGGGGCUCGUGACAAGUUGAUAUCAGAUUACAACACCAUGGACAUCUGGGAGUUCAAUGAGAAGUAUGGAGACUUGUGGGAUUUCACUGUAAAGAAUGAUGAUAUAACAAAGAGAUGAUUGCCGACUGCUCCUCAGUAAUGUGAUGAGAACUUGAUGAUACAGGAAAAUAUGAACAAAAAAUAAAGCAUAAAAAUGUCCCUACCAGAGUUUCAAAUUUCUUAAGGUUAGAAAUCAUCCUGCAAAUUUAAUUACAUUACAUCCACAAGUUCAAACAUUGCUCUAUUUUGCAGGCUUGUCUAGGAAUUGGGCUGAAAUAAA